CCUGAAGAAUACACUUAUUGAUAUCUUAUCGAUGGAAAGAAUAAAGUAAAGCUAACAGUUUAAAAGGUAACACGAUAGUAUAUCAAUGCUAAAACAUAUUGAAAACAGCUGUAUGCUUUUCAGUCCAACCAGUUGUAAAGCCAACAAGUAAAAAGUAAAAGGAUUUGAAAAUUCCGACAUAUUCGGACAGCAUAAACAAAAUCGUCGAGGAUUAGUACCAAGCAUCUCAUGACCUGUAUAAAGAAAGUUCAUAAAUAUGAAUCGAAACAGAAAUAUGCGGACUGAUUAAACGAUAAACAAUUCUCAGAAGCAAUGUAAACAUCACUAGUUUGGGUCAUUAAAUAUAUAAUAAUGGAUAGGCCGCUUAAAGAAGGGCAAGAUCGCAAUUUAGCAAAACUGAUCAUUGGCCUUAAAUUGUUGAUAAAAGUUUUGAUAAAUUUUAUAAAAUUGCAAUGUGAAGAGCAGCAUUUUGGAAGUAAUGAAAAUGAUUGUACAACUUGCAACUUCUCAACACUGACGGUACAUUAUAGUGAUGAACAGCAAGUUGAACCAGCAGCAGUCUGUAGCAAAUGUACGAUGUUAGCGGAAAUUAUAAGAUCUAAACAUGUAAAAAGCAAUCCAAACUGGUCAAACUAUGCCACAGCAGCAAAUCGUCAAUGGCAGCUUAUGAAAUGUUACAUAGAAGACUAUGGGUAUAGUGAGACGGCAAAUGUGGAAAAGGCAGGUUUGAAAGCGUUGGUUCAGAUAUGCACUAACCAUGUGGAUGUGAAGCGCGCGAUUGGCAACGGUUUGUCUUAUCUGCUCACGAUAUUGCAUAUACACGAUCGUGUUAUCCAUACGAAAGAUACACAUGUUUCGGACGAACUAUUGCAUGAAUGCCUAACGAACAUAGAAGAAGCAUUAAAAAACAUUGACGACCCGCAGAGAAAUCAAUAUUUGGAAGAAAUUAAAACGCUCAUGAACGAUACGAAACAUAUUACAGUGCAAGAUGACAUGAAAAGAUGUAUUUGGGUCCUUAAAACUAUAAAUAGAUAUAUAACAACACUGGAGCAUUCGUCAAGUUGUUCCACGCCUGUAAAGACGUUGAAAGAGAUUAAAAUAUCUCAGUACAAACAUAUGCACAAAAUCUGUCCAGACAUAAUAAAAGAUAUCAAUAAGCGACGGGACAAGGUGGAAAGAUAUAUGUUUGUAGCAGAACAUCUUUUUAACGAUACAAGACCAGAAUAUUUGUGCCCAGCUGAACCAAACAACAAAAAACGCAACGAAGAACUCAAUCAUUGGUACACACACACGAUGCUUGGAUCCAUAUCCGAUUUCGUGAUCGAUAUAAACGAAAAAAUGGGACGAAUUUCAAAAGAUGUUCAAGAUCGUGAGUCAAUAAUAAUGCCACGUCGCCAGAAUCCUAAUGACAACGAAACCGAACAAGGGGAGCUGUCACACCAACGAGUCAAUACCGGAAAUGAUUCCCAUAAUAAUGAAGAACUAAGGGAUCAUCAAAUGAGUCCUCAACCAGAGUUUCAGUUACCAUAUCAGGAAAAUGAACCAGACUUCUUUAACUGCAAGCGGCUCGUUGUAGCAGCUAUAGAUAUCGGAACUACAUAUUCCUGUUACGCUUACUCAUUUUCUGACGAAUUCCAAAGAGACCGAUUACAGAUCUAUGCCAAUAGUGAUUGGAACGAUGGCACUGGCAUGGUCACAUGUAAGGCACCGACCAUCGUACUUUUCGACAAAAGUGGGAAAUUCCAUUCAUUCGGUUACGAGGCGGAAACAAAGUACAACAGUCUUGCUGCAACUGAUGAACAUAUUGGCUGGAGAUACUUCCGACGGUUCAAAAUGGAGUUAUUUAAAAAGACCAUUCGCAGAGAUAUAAAAAUAAAAGACGCUCAGGAAAAGUUUAUGCCAGCCAUUGAGGUGUUUACCGCGGCGAUUGCCUUUCUUAAGAAUCAUCUUUUAAAACGUUUGCAACAGAGAGACACUGGUUUUAGAGAAACAGACAUCGACUGGGUUCUCACUGUUCCGGCAAUCUGGAAUGAUGCUGCAAAACAAUUUAUGAUUAUGGCUGCAGGACAAGCAGGAAUAUCAGAAAACCAGCUCUCAUUAGCCUAUGAGCCAGAGGCUGCAGCUAUAUACUGCAAGGAAUCGUUCACAACACUUUCUCGAGAACUGAACACAAAGGCCCAACUUAUUCCCUUUGGACCCGGUGACAAAUUUAUGGUUAUUGACUUGGGAGGUGGAACGGUGGAUAUUACUGCACACGAAGUGCUAGCUGACGGAAAACUGAAAUCGCUGUCCCCGCCAUCAGGCGGCCCUUGGGGAGGGACAGUUGUCGACAAACAUUUUAAUGCAUUCAUUGAAAAUCUUUUCGAAAAAGAUGUCUACAAAGAAUUUUCCAUUGAAUGUGCAAGUGACAAACUUGAUUUGGAUAGAACAAUUGAAAUAAAAAAGCGAGCAGUGAAGCCAACGGAUGAAAAAAUAAUGUUGAAACUACCAAAUGAAUUAUUCAGCUUUUAUAAUGAAAAGACAAAUAAAAACAUCGAAGAAACACUGCGGAAAGGACCUUUUAAAGAUACCGUUACUAAAAAGCGUGACAGGCUUAUUGUAGAAAGCGGCAAACUAUUAGCAAUGUUUAAUGAGUCUAAAAACGAAAUAUUAGCCCACGUUGAAAAGCUUUUAAGAAAACGUGAACUGUGGGGUUUGAAAAAACUCCUGCUUGUUGGAGGGUUUGCCGAGUCACAAGUUAUUCAAGAUGCAGUUCGACAGAAAUUUGAUGGUGGUUACGAAGUUAUGGUACCCCAACAACCCGAGUUAGCUAUUGUCAAAGGUGCUGUAAUAUACGGACAUUUACCACAAUCGAUCUGUUCCAGAAAAAUGCCAUUUGCUUACGGAAUAAGCACAUCAGUCCGAUUUGAUCCAGGGAAGCAUUCUGAAGUGCAUAAAUGUAUUGGAGUACGUGGUGAAGAAAAGUGUGAAGAUCUAUUUAAGGCGUUUGUUAAAAAGGGUGACAAUUUGCUUCCUGACCAGAAAUCGGCAGAACAGUCCUUUACAUCGCCAAACCCCGGUGACCAACAGGUUACCGUAGAAAUCUACAAAUCUGACCAAGACCCACCUCCGAUGUAUGUCACUGAUUGCAAAAAAGUCGGUGAACUUGUCUUGGUGUUGACCAGUGUUGAUCCAAACGAAAAAGCGUUGAUCGUUGUACAAAUGGCAUUCGGCGGAACUGAAGUAAUGGUGGAAGCCAAAGAAAGCGGACAGGGUGGCAAAAGGGUGUUGGCUCGUUUUGAUUGGUUGAAAUAACUUCCGAGGGGAGGGCACUUUUGUUAAGAACAGUGAUUUCUUUAUAGCGACGAAUGCCCUCUAUAUCAAAAUUUAAAUUUGUUUUACAGUUAAAUAAUCAGGUGUAAAUGUGAACAUUGCAAAGAUUGUGAUGUUUUUAUUUAUUUAGUCAGAGUGAAUACUGCAUUUAACCAGGUGCUGUGUAUUUGACCAAUAGUAUAUAUAAAUGUCUAAUAAAGUGUGCAAUAAUAUCUGAGUAAACAUACUUCUUGUUAAAUUGAACUUUGCUUUAUCUCAUUGUGCGUGAGAAGUUCUAUCAUAUAUUUAUGUCAGAAAUAUAAAUUAUUAUCAAACAUUAUAUUUAAAGCUUUUCAAGUUUUUGCUGUUUUAGACAACAUAUUAUUUUGAUAUAAUUGUGUAUUCACUUUUUAAAAACAAUUGGUGGUAAAGGAAUGGUGUAAAUUAUACUAAGUCAGCAUCACGAUCACGACACCCGCGAUUCGAAAUUUUUUGAGAGCUCGAUGUGAACACGGUGUGGUUUGAAAACUGUCUCAAAUGUAUUCACGACUUUAUUAAGAGUUACACUUACAUAAAGUUAUCUUUUAACUACAACAGUGUUAAUAAUUAUUUCAGGUAAAAGUUCUUGGUUUGCGUUGUGGAAUCUUUUUCUGUGUGAUAUAUUUAUGUUUACUUUGUUAUACUUUUGAUCAAUGUCAAAUGUAAUCGAGAGCAAAUAAACAAUGCCUAUGU